UAUUUACAUUUUCUUUUCUUUUUUGUUUUGUUUUGUUUAUUUAAUUGUUUUCUAUUUAAUUUUGAUUUAAAUUUUUAAUUAUCCUAGAAAAAUGUCUUCUCUUAAUUUGUUUCGUUUUCUAUUGAGAAGUGACUCUGUUCACAAUUUAGAUCGGGUUCUGGUUAAAGUGAAUGUCGGUUAUUUUGUUAAUUCAUAUAAAAGGUUUUCCAGUGAAUCAAAACAUCGUAAACGUUUUUACAAAGAUGUCUCAGUAAUUAAUUCUGAUGAUUUAUAUGAGAUUUGUUUAGAUGGUAAAAGGAUAAAGACACCAUUUAAUAAACUGGUUCAAGUGAAAUCUCAACAAUUAGCUUUGAUGGUUGCCAAUGAAUGGAAAUGUCAACUGGAUACGAUUAAAAGUUACGAGAUGCAUUUAACCAAUUUAACCAAUUGUGCCAUAGAUAAUCCUGAGAAUCACACCAAAGAGACUUUAGCUAAUUCAAUAUUGGAAUUUUUAGCCACCGAUACGAUUUGUUUCCGUCUUCGAGAACCCGUUGAUUUGUACAAAUUACAAAUCACUCGCUGGGAUCCAAUGAUUGAUUGGCUUUCAACUCGAUACAAUUGUCAGGUUCCAUUGACGGAGGACGUUUUCCUCCCUCCAAUCCCACCGGUAACCCAAUCGACUCUCCAUCGACACCUUCUUUCAUAUAACCAAUGGUCUCUUCAUGGUAUCUAUUCAAUCACCGAAUCACUUAAAUCAGUUAUCCUGACAUUGGCGUUAAUUGAUAAAAAGAUCUCAGUUAAUGAAGCAGUUAGUCUAUCAAGGCUCGAACUUGAAUAUCAAACAUCAAUCUGGGGAAACGUUGAAUGGGCCCAUACAAUUGAAUUAAUGAUGACUCGAGCUCGAGUCUCAGCUGCUUUGUUAUUUGUAUUCACUAAUUCAGAAUCAUUUAAAUCAAUCACCAAAUCGAAAACAUCAUCUUACUAAAUUGUUCUAAGUCCAAAUUAAUGUUAGUUAUCAAAUCGAUUCAGACUAAUCAAAAACAAAUUGACAAUCGACUAGUUAUAAAUCAACUUGAAUUGGAAACUAAUAAUCAUACAUAUUUCCACUGUUCACUCAACAGUCUAAUAUUGGAUUCUUAAUCACAACACCUUUAAUCAUGAUGAUGAUGAUCAUCUUUCGAUUGGAUUAAUGAAUUACCUUCAUCUUCUUGGAUGGUUAAUGAUUAGUGUUAAUUUGAAUGAUGUUUAUUAACUCAAGGCUAUUAAAUUAAAUUGGAAAUCAAAUGAGAGAGUCAACAAUUAACCAUAUUCACCAUAUGAUUUACACAAAAGGCCUUUUAUUGUCUUGGUAAUUAAAUCGCAAGGACAAUUUAAAUAUCCCAAUGGAGAUUAACCAACAUCAUCUUAGAGUUGAUUGAAAAUGAGAAACAUUAUUUAACCAUUACAAUUAAUGUUUUACUCAAUUAAGAUGAUUACUACAAACAAUUAACCAUGACGGAUAGUGUAUCGAUGAAAACAAAACCAUAUACACUUAUUACAAUUAACAAUUAAGGGAACUACAAAAUCAUGAGUGUAAAUUAUUUUCGGUUAAUCAGUUAAUUGUUUCUAUUUCUCUCUCACACAAUUAACUUUAAUUCCAGGUAAUGAUUAACUUCCAUUGUAAUUGUUUUAUUUUCUUUUUCUUUUUUUAUUUAAUUUGAUUUGAUUUUCGAUUGUUUAACUUUCUCAUCAAUGAUUAUGGUUCCUCCACAAUUACAAUCAUAAUAAUAAACAAUUAACUUUAAACAAUUAACGAUUAAUGCCUAGAGGUGAAACAAUUUCUUACUUUCUCUCUAUUCAUCCAAACAAUUAAAUCGUACAAUUAUUAUUAUCUAAUUAAUUUAAUUAACUAACUAAUUGUAUAGAUGAAAAAUUUUAAUUUCUCAUCACCUUUCCGGUUAAUCAAUGAUCAAUUAAAAGCAAUCAAUGAUUCAUCAUUUAUUAUUGAUUGUUAGCUUAUCAUUAUCGACCUUAAACAAUUUACUCCAAGUUUAAUCGUAUUUGAGUUAAUUGUUAUUGAUCAAUUAACAACAAACUAAAUUAUUUACAUAUUAAAACACGGAAAUGAAACUUAAAUUAUUGCAAACAAUUCAAGGUAAGUGUGAUUAUUGGUUAAAUUGUCACAAUCAAUUCAGUUGUAAGGGUAAGCAAAUUGACAUAAUCCAGGUUAAUGUACAAAAUGAUUAACUAAUAGCUAUCAAUAAUUAAGUAAAUCAAGUAAAAGGCUAAUCAAUACAAUAGUUCAGGUAAUUUAGUUAAACAAUCAAUAAAUAAUUACAAUAAUUAUGAUGAUAAUUAAAUAUUGAUGAGUUUAUCCUUUUGGUUAGUUUAUUAGAAACAAAAGAAAAGAGAACAAAAAAAUUAACGAAAAUUAACUAAUUGUUGUCAACCUUAAUCACUAAAUGAUCACCUUUAAUCACUUAAUUACAAUCCAAACAAAUUGUCCCCUUUUGGUUUGGUAUAAUCAACCAAACUUGACUUAAUUAACCAACCAGAACAAUUUGUUUAAAUAUGAAUGGUUUCCAAUGAAAAUAAAUCAGUUACAAUUUGGUUACUCAACAAUCAACAACAACAACAAUUUAAAUUAUUAUUUAAACACCAACACCAACAAUCAACGAAAAUGGUUUCAAAAAGUUUCAUUAUUUGUGCUCUUUUAAUCACAAUUGCAUUGAUCAUGGAGGUUCAAGCUGGAGACAAAGGAUCCAACAUUAUCCUCGGCGGUGGUCCUGGUGGUGGGCGACUUGUUUUAUCAACGGGUAAGAAAGGAAAAGGAUCAAACAUAAUUAGCCAAGGAGGAUUCGGAGGUGGUGAUGUUAUUUUGUCCACCGGGAAAAAGGGCAAAGGGUCAAACAUUAUCCUGACCCGAAGAGCAACUGUUAUUUCUGGUCGUCGAUAAUCAAUUUUAAAUAGUCACUAAUUUAUUGAUUGUUCAUCUUCAUCAUCAUUGUAUUUAAAGUUAAUUGUUAAGCGAGUCUUACAAUUCAUUCAUCACAAAUGUCCAAGGUUUUAACUUCAUGUUAUCGUUUAUUUAUUUGUUCAAUUAAAUAAUUGUUUUCUAAUUCUAACAA